AUGUCUUCUGCACAGCAACGUUUGACCCAGGUGGCUUCCCACUUCGGCCCUGGUGGCAAGAAGGGCGUCGCCGGCAUCACCGAGAAACACCCCGACGAUAUCGUUGUCACAUGCGCUCUGCGUACUGCUCUGACCAAGGGUGGAAAGGGCGGCUUCAAGGACACGGCGGCUGCCGAUCUGUUGGCCGGUGUUUUCAAGGCCGUGAUCGAUAAGAGUGGCAUCGACCCUAGUGCCGUCAACGACGUUGCCGUCGGUUCUGUCCUUCCCCCUGGUGGCGGUGCCACUGAAUUUCGUGCGGCCGCCCUCGUGGCUGGCUUCCCCGAGUCGACGGCCGUCCGCAGCUUGAACCGUCAAUGUUCCAGCGGUCUGCAGGCUAUUGUGGAUAUUGCCAACGCGCUGAAAUCGGAUAUGAUCGAAGUCGGUAUCGGUGCGGGUGUGGAGAGCAUGUCCUCUCAAUACGGACCCGGCGCUGUUACCGAGUUCUCGGAUCUUCUCGAGAACCACCCCGAGUCUGCCAACUGCAAGGUCCCCAUGGGCGUUCUGUCGGAGCAGAUGGCCAAGGACCGCAAGAUCUCUCGUGCCGAGCAGGACGCUUUCGCCGCUUCCUCCUACCAGAAGGCCGUCAAGGCCCAGAAGGCCGGCCUGUUCAACGAGGAGAUCGCUCCCCUCGAGGUCAAGUGGACCGACCCCAAGUCUGGCGAGGAGAAGACCAUCACCGUCAAGGCCGACGACGGCAUCCGAGACGGCAUGACCGCCGAGUCUCUGGGUAAGAUCCGUCCCGCCUUCGCCAAGGACGGCUCCAUCCACGCCGGCAACGCGUCCCAGAUCUCCGACGGUGCUGCCGCCGUCUUGCUGAUGAAGCGGUCCACCGCCGAGCGCCUGGGCCAGAAGAUCCUCGGCAAGUACGUGGCGGCCAGCGUGGUGGGCGUGAAGCCCCUGCUCAUGGGUAUCGGGCCCUGGAAGGCCAUCCCUGUGGCGCUGGAGAAGGCCGGCAUUUCCAAGGAGGACGUUGAUAUCUACGAGAUCAACGAGGCCUUCGCCUCGCAGUGCGUGUGGUGUGCCAACGAGCUGGGCUUGCCCAAGGAGAAGAUCAACCCCAAGGGAGGUGCCAUCGCGUUUGGCCACCCGCUGGGCUGCACGGGCUCGCGCCAGGUCAGCACGUUGCUGACGGAGCUGAAGCGCACCGACAAGAAGAUCGGUGUCACCAGCAUGUGUGUCGGUACCGGAAUGGGUAUGGCUGCAGUCUGGGUUCGCGAGUAA